AUGACAUCUCAAAAAACAGCAGACGACUACAAAACCCCAAACACAGCGGCCGCGCUUGAUCGAGGCGAAAAGCGUUAGAAAUCUGUCCGAGCUGGGACCAAUAUAAGAGGAUUUGCGCACAAUUCAGGCCACUCUGUGAUUUGUGUUCACAGUCCAGCAGCUGAGCUCUUUCACCACUGUGCCAUGGAGUUUCCAGACCUCGGGGAGCACUGCUCAGAGAAGAGCUGCAAACGUCUCGAUUUCCUUCCAAUGAAAUGUGAUGCAUGUGAAGAAAUUUUCUGCAAAGACCACAUAACUUAUGCAAAUCACAAGUGCACUUCAUUAUAUAAGAAGGAUAUCCAGGUUCCUGUAUGUCCAUUGUGCAACACCCCCAUUCCCGUUAAAAGAGGGGAAAUGCCAGACAUCAAAGUUGGGGAACAUAUAGACAGAGACUGCAAAUCUGACCCUGCUCAGAGGAAACGAAAGAUCUUUACAAAUAAAUGCUCCAAGGGCGGCUGUAAGCAGAAGGAAAUGAUCCGGGUGACAUGUGACCAGUGCCGCUUGAACUACUGUCUCAAACAUAGACAUCCACUCGACCAUGACUGUAAGACUGACAGCAAGCCAGUCUCCAAAUCAGGGCAUGCUGCUUUAAUGAGAGUGCAAACCUCCUCUUCCAGUAACUCUGCGGCAUCAUCCACUAGAGGGAGCUCUAGGACCGUGUCUAAUGGAGUAACUGGAAACACAAGACCUCAGAGCAGUAGCGCACAAAGGAUAAAUACUUCUCCGAUGGUGUCUCCAACAGCACAGAAUGUAAUUCCCCCAUCUGCCUCAUUUCAAGUCGGGCUGACGGAGGAACAGGCCCUCCAGAGAGCAUUAGAAAUGUCACUAGCUGAAUCUGCUCGGGCAAGCCAGCCUACCCUAAGCCCUCAGGAGCAGGAGGAUCUGGCCUUAGCACAGGCUCUUGCUGCUAGUGAAGAAGAAUACAGGCGACAGCAGCAGAGACAACAGGGAGGAGUUUCCAAAGAGACCAGCUGCUGCCUGUCUUAAUGUGAGGUGACACUGAACAACUGUAAUCUGCCUCAAUCUGCACACAAGCACCAGUAAUGUACCAGUGAGCUGCACAUGUCUAGUGGAUUUCUGAGUCCAGCAUACGACGCUUCUGCUUCCCAAAUCAACACAUCUGAUGGCUGUUAUGUUGUCAUUGUUUUUCUGUUUUGCGUCACUCUGCAGUGUGCUUCUUAGACGUGCAAUUGUGCCAUUUUGGCGAGUGGUGCUUCAUGUAAAUAUUUUAUAUAGCUAUCAUGUUAAGCUGUCAAUCAAUGUAGAUGUCUUUUGAAAUAAAUUAUUUUAAAAUGUU